AUGUCGUCCUCAGACCACGACACGAGAGAAGAUAUCUCAAGAAUAGAAACGCACAACACCCAGGAAUCACAUACAUCCCGCACGGCCAAAACCAAAAAUGCUCUCACAAACCUCGCCAAAACCAUCACAGCACGCAGUAACGCCUCAAUGAUCGACCCCGGCCCGCCACCCGACGGCGGCGUAAAAGCCUGGACGCAAUCCUUCAUGGGCCACCUCGUCGUGUUCAACACCUGGGGCAUGAUCGCCACCUUUGGCGUCUUCCAGGCGCACUACACGACGGACCUGGGUCUGGAGCCGUCGGCCGUGUCGUGGAUCGGCUCGAUGCAGAUGCUAGGUCACUUUGCGCUGGGCAUGUUCAGCGGCCGCCUGUUCGACGCGGGUUAUUUCUACUGGGUCGUUGUCCCCGGGAUGCUGCUUGUGGCGCUAGGCACCAUGAUGACCAGUCUGUGCACGCGGUACUGGCAGUUUUUCCUCGCGCAGGGACUCGUCACGGGGCUGGGUUGUGGCCUGCAGUUUGCGCCGACCAUUUCGCUCGUCACGACGUACUUUAGCAGGAAUCGGUCCGUGGCGGUGGCCAUCAUGGCCAGUGGGAGUGCGAGUGGCGGACUCGUGUAUCCGACGAUUGCGAGGCAGUUGAUGCCACGGAUUGGGUUUCCGUGGACCGUCAGGGUCAUGGGGUUCAUAAUGCUAUGCGUGGGUAGUGUGUAUUGCUCGUUGCUCAAGCCGCGGCUCCCGCCGCGCAAGUCGGGUCCGCUGUUUGAGUUCAGUGCGUUUAGGGAGCCGCCGUAUAGUCUGUUUCUGCUUGGAAUUUUCUUGAUUGGGUUGGGGCAGUAUUUCGCGUUUUACUACAUCUCUUCUUUUGCGGUGGAUGUCCUGAGCGUUCCGUACGCAACGAGUGUCAAUGUUUUGCUUGUGCUCAACGGCGUCGGGAUAUUGGGGCGUAUGAUUCCGUCUUACUUUGCCGAUAAGUGGACAGGUCCGUACAACGUCCUGAUCCCGUUCUGCUUUGUUUCGUCUAUUGUUCUAUUUUUCUGGCCUUUAGUGCACAGCGAGGGUGGCCUGUACGGGUGGGCGGUAUGCUACGGCUUCUUCGUAGCAGGCUUUCAAGGCAUCUUCCCGGCAGUGCUGACGACCUUGACGAAAGACAUGAGUCGAGUGGGCACGAGGAACGGCAUGGGUUUCGCUAUCAUGGGUGUUGGUACGCUGGUUGGCCCGCCGAUUGCGGGUGCCUUGAUCCAGAGCCACGGUGGCAGCUACCUCGCUGCGCAGAUGUUUGGAGGCGUGACGGUACUGAUAGGAAGCUGUGUCUUAGUUAUUGGAAGGGCGGCCAUCACUGGAUGGCAUGUCAAAGUCCGAGCAUAG